AUGCGUCUCUUGCGGAAUACUAUAUUCUCUUUGCUGGUAGGCACUGGCCUCGCAUAUCCUGGAAGCGAUAAUAGACAAGCACCUGUUAAGCACCCUCGUGCUGCUGGGUACGCUCCUAAGGAACCGCCAUUGACAACGCCUUGGACGGAUAAAGUGGGCACGGAUCCAUGGCCUGAGUAUCCACGACCACAGUUGCAGCGGGCCCAGUGGCAAAAUUUGAAUGGCGUGUGGCAGUAUCAGAAUGCUUCAAGUCUGGAUGCUGUUCAGAGUCCACCAUUUGGUCAGGACCUUGCGCAGGAAGUUCUUAUUCCGUCUUGCUUGGAGAGCGCCUUAUCUGGUGGGCAUACCAUAGGUAUUCAAGGAAGUUAUACUUUGUACUCAUGGUUCUCGACUUCAUUCAAGGUGCCAUCCGACUGGAAUGGUCAGGAUAUCCUGUUGAAUUUUGGUGCAGUCGAUUAUGAAGCCACUGUGUUUGUCAACGGUAAGAAAGCCGGUUUUCAUCGCGGCGGAUAUUUCCGAUUCUCGCUAGACGUUACUCGAUUCCUGAAGGCUGGACAAGAGAAUGAGUUACUUGUGUUUGUCCAUGACCCCACUGACGAUGGUGACUAUGUGAUUCCAAUUGGAAAACAAACUCUUCGUCCGAGUCACAUUUUCUACACUCCCUGUAGUGGAAUCUGGCAAAGUGUCUGGAUCGAGCCUGUGUCCACAAAUCAUGUGUCACAGCUUGAUAUUGAUGGAAAUAUGGAUGGUCAACUCAACAUGACCGUGCACACCUCCGCUGCAAACACUACCAGCAGCGCUCUUGUUGUCGUGAAAGAUGGCGAUAAUGUCGUCGCCACUCACAGAGGACCGACUAAUCAACCAUUCCAGUUCAAGGUCAACUCUCCCAGUUUGUGGUCGCCGGAUUCGCCUAAGCUGUACAAUAUCACGGUCACUUUGGGUAAGGACAAAGUCCAGAGUUAUACUGGAUUCCGCACUAUCGCCAAGGGUACGGUCGACGGCGUUGUUCGACCAUUGUUGAACGGUGAAUUCAUUUUCAUGUUCGGUACUCUAGACCAGGGAUUCUGGCCAGAUGGUAUCUAUACGCCACCUACCAAGGAGGCAAUGGUAUAUGACCUGGAAAUGUUGAAGGGACUUGGUUUCAACAUGGUUCGAAAGCAUAUUAAAGUUGAGAAUGACUUAUUCUACCGCGCCUGUGACGAGCUAGGUCUCCUUGUUAUCCAGGAUAUGCCUGCUAUGCGACCUCUGCAGAGCAAGGCCCUGCCUAACUGCGGUUCGGAGACCCUUCUUCCCGAUGAAGCGCAGCAGGCUGAGUUUACACGCCAAUUGGAGAGCUUGAUCAACCAGCAUAAGAGCUUCCCUAGUAUUGCGGCCUGGAUUAUUUACAACGAAGGGUGGGGUCAAAUCACUAGUUACUACCCUGAAUUCGAACUUACCGAGCUGGUCCGGCAGUUGGAUCCAACCCGGUUGAUUGAUUCAACCACAGGUUGGUAUGAUCACGGCGCCGGUGAUUUCAGCGACAACCACCAUUAUUCCGACCCGCAAUGUGGCACACCCUUUUACUCCACCGCUUCAAGCCCCUAUGAUGACACACGGAUCGGAUUCCAGGGGGAAUUUGGUGGAAUCGGUAAUAAUGUCUCGAUCGAGCAUCUUUGGAACGACCAAGCCGCUAUCAACAGCAUCAACCAAACUUACGAGCUCGAUUUGAGCCUUGAGGCUUGGAACUAUCGCAGCCACGUGCUCCUAAGCGAACUACAGAACCAAGUUCGUCUCUACGCUUGCAGUGGCGGUGUAUGGACACAGACCACCGAUGUCGAGGGUGAAGUCAAUGGACUCAUGACCUACGACCGCCGUCUAUCCCGUGUUGACGAGGACCAAUGGAAAGCAGAUAUCCAGGGCCUGUAUGAUGCCGCAGCGGCCAGAACUAAUAAGACUAUGACUGCUUCAUAA